AAUUCAAUUGGACCAGCCUUUAACGAACCCAUAAGCAAUCUCUGCACAUUCAUUCGAUCUCCUCUCCAACCCUUUUCUAACCAUAAACCCUGAUCACAUAGAGAAAUACACCUAUACUACUCACCAUCAGUCUCUGCUUGCCAUGGGUUGCUCCUCAUCUCUUCCAGAUAGGACUUCUGGGCGUUUGGCUGGCCCGAACAUCGAGAAUGGCGGAGCGCCCGACCCGAAAAAUCUUCGCGUGAAGCUGGUUUUGUUAGGUGAUUCUGGUGUUGGUAAAAGCUGUAUUGUUCUUCGCUUUGUUCGUGGUCAGUUUGACCCAACAUCCAAGGUAACUGUUGGAGCUUCAUUCUUAUCACAGACAAUAGCUCUGCAAGACUCCACAACGGUUAAGUUUGAAAUAUGGGAUACUGCUGGCCAAGAGAGGUAUGCUGCAUUGGCACCACUUUACUACCGAGGUGCUGCAGUUGCAGUUGUUGUGUAUGAUAUAACAAGCCCAGACUCAUUCACCAAAGCACAAUAUUGGGUUAAGGUUGAUUUUUCAGAGAUUGAGUAGUAUUAAUUAUUAUUUCGCGUUUGCUCUAUUAUUUACUUAUAUCUUAUGAAAACUUUUCUAUUUCCUUGAAAACUUCAGUGUGCAAAGGGUUUGCUGGAAAGGGUAAAAUUUACAAUAACCUUUUUCAUGAGGGUAUAAAUGACCUUCAUGUUGAAGUUACAUUAAGGGUUAAGCACCUAGUUUUGAAUUGAAGUAUGGGUCAUAAUUUAUUUUUCAUUGAAGGUCAAAACCUCUUAAAAUUUUGAAAUAUUAAUAGAUUUUUUGAUGGCUCAAUAUCAACAAGAAAUGCCAAUUGCAUGUUUUGGACUAAUUAGUGUGUGAAUGGAAUCCGUCUAAUGUUACCGGCACAUAGCAAUGAACUUUUGAUAUUACUAAUUUAUUAGUGGGGAAAACUUGAUGAUGCUUCACAUACUGCUUGAAUAUGAUCUUGAUAUCUCUGAAUGUAUUACUUAAGUUUGUUAAUUGCUUCAUAAUAUGGUUGCUUGGUCUUGAUUGUCAAUAGUUUACAUUGGGAACGAUAUUUUAUUCUAGUAUAUUAUGGUUUUUCCUUUCAAAGUGUCUAGUUUAGUAUUUCUCUUAGAACCUUUCAUUACUUGGAAACUAUUCUUUUUUGUUUUUUUUUGCUCUAAUUUUUAAAUCAUCUAAUAGGGUCGAGGAUUUGAUAUUGCUCAGAAUUGUUAUCAGGACAAUUAUAACAAUGCAAGCAACUAUACUGUUAAUCUGUUAUGUUUUUGUUUUUGUUUUUUUGUUUUUAAAUAAAUAUAUUAUAAAGAUGCCACCAAACUAGGUUGUAAAGCCUCAGCAACAUGUUACCAAAACCUACCUUCAAAACCUGUCUCAUUCUGAAAUUGUUCUUAAUAGAAUAUGAGUUGGAUCCUAAUUAGGAACUUGAUUGAGUAUUAGUUGUCAUUACUGAAUUAACACAUAUUAUCUAUUUCUCUUCCUUCUCAACAAUUUAAUUUUCUCCUAAAGGCUUGCAGGUUUUUCAAUUGAGCUAAAUAUUGGUUUAUGUGUGUGUACACUUUUGUUUUUGGAUGAAUAAAAAUCUUUGUUUUGAUCUAUUAAAAACAUUGCUCUUAUUGGAUCCACUACGAGUUGCGAGAGCUGGGUUGAAAAAAAGAAAUAAAAUUAUAAAUAACUUCGAGAUAGAUAACUGGGUUGUUGUAUUGUCAAUGGACUCCAA